AUGACAGAUGAUGUCGGUAUGGAGGAGCCAUUCUGCUUUUCGUUUCAAGAAGAAAAUGGCCAAAAAACACUGCAGCAAAAUCUUGACUCUAAGGGUAACAUUUCAAGGCACUUCCCUCCCCUACCGCCUAUUGACGAGAUUAUUUUAAAAAAGAUCAAAGACCAUGUGAUGACAAAUACGGCUUUUCCGGUUGCCGGGUCUGGAUGCUUUCCAUCCAUAAAGAUCCACGUGCUUGAUUCCAUUUUUUGUGCGUUUAAAGCCACCUUAGAUGGCAACAAUGGUGUCAAAGUCCUAGGCCAUGCUGAAUCGCUAUUGGAGUGCAUAUCUGGAUCGGAUAGAAAGGUCCUUAUUGUUGCCGAUAAUAAGACAAAUUUUAAUGCGCUCCUUGCACCUAUCCUUGACUUGGUGAGACGUCAUUCCCUUUCUUGUCUUGUGUACAUCCAAGGCGGUUGCCUUAUUUCGAGCUUGAAAGAAUGGGGAAAGGCG